AUGGCUGCCACCGCCCAACAGUACGGCAACAGGGGUUACGGCCAGAUUGGGUCGCAUGCCAACAACCCAUACGACCAACGCGAUGAUGGCCAGAACAACUUCACACAGGGCCGAUAUGAUGAUCCUGGCCUCGAGAUGCAAAACUAUGGCGGUGGCGCUCUAGCCGACCCCAAUGCCAUCCUCAACGAAUGUCGCGAGAUCGACCGCGCACUCGACCAGCUCGACGAGCAACUCAACAACCUCGAGCGCGUCUUUCGACAGGUGCUGGCCCGUCCAGAUAUGCCCUCUGGCGAGAUCACCGCCCUCAGUUCGCAAAUCAUGACGGGCUACCGCGCCCUCGUCACUCGCGUCAAGAACAUCAAGUCCAAGCCUGAGUCGGGCAGCCCCAGAAAUGCUCCACAGGUGGGCAAGGUCGAUCGCCGACUCAAGGCGACCAUCAAUCGCUACCAGACGCUCGAGGCAGACUUUAGGAGAGACUCGCAGGCGGCUGCUGAGCGCCAGUACCGCAUUGUGCGCCCUGAUGCCACCGAUGCCGAGGUUCGCGAGGCCGUGGCAGAUCCUGAUGCGCCCAUCUUCCAACAAGCUCUCCUGAACUCUGACCGCCGCGGCCAAGCCUCGUCCACGCUUCGCAACGUCAAGGAGCGCCACGAAGCCAUCCAAAAUAUUGAACGCCAAAUGGUCGAGCUCGCCCAGCUCUUCCAAGACCUUGAUCAAAUCGUCCAAGAGCAGGAACCCCUGGUCGCGAACAUUGAAACCAAGGGUGAGGAAAUCCAUGACAAUGUUGUGCAAGCCAACACCGAGAUCUCUGGCGCCAUCGACAAGGCGCGUAGCCGCAACCGCAAGAAGUGGUGGUGCCUGCUCAUCGUACUCCUCAUCAUCAUCGUCAUUGUUGUUAUUGCGGUUGUCGUUACACAAGUCAACAAAGCCGCUGCUGCGCCGGCUACACCCAACAACUAG